UUCCAGCAAAGCUGAUCAUCUUUGACCAAUAACGUGUGGCUUUAGCAUCCUCAGCCGCGCAGCGAGCUCGUCAGAAGCCCGCCAGCCUGAAUCCACUACCUGCUCAGCGCGGGGCUCAAUGUCCUCGUGCCCACGCUUCAGCGGGGUGCUUAAAGGAGCUGCUGGAUGAUUGAGCAGAAAUGACAGGCUUGUGGUAAAACCGUGACCGGCGAGUAAGAGCCGCGUCUCUUCUGAGCCAGAGAGAGGUGUGUCACAGGAGAAGGUGCCCUGGGAAGAGUCUUGCAGCAGCUCAAAUCAUCGCUUCUUUCUACACUUCUUGUCACCCUGGCUUUCCCUGCUCUUGACCUGGGAAAGAUGGUUACAAUAGUAACAAAGCUGGUGUACUGCUUUCACCUCAGUCGUAGGUCUGGCCAGUACACUAUGAACCAAGAAAUCACCAAAGUUAAGGAAAAGCCUCCAUUUGAUCGAUCGAGUUCUCAGGAUUCUGUGGAUGAACUACGUAUGGAUGACUAUUGGACUGAAGUAGAUAACAUCAAGAAAUCAAGUGAGAACAGACAAGAAGAUCAAGAGGUGGUGGUUGUCAAAGAGCCUGAUGAGGGCGAAUUGGAAGAAGAAUGGCUUAAGGAGGCUGGUUUCUCCAUUCUCUUUGGGGAGUCUGCUGAAGAUCCUCAAGAAAGAAUGACGUUUCUAUCAACAUUGACUCGGACGCAGGCAGCUGCUGUUCAGAAACGGGUAGAGAUGGUCUACCAGACCUUAAGGAAAAAAAAUAAACAACACCAGAUUCCCGAUGUCAGAAACAUAUUUGCUCAACGGAGAGAGUCAAAAGAAAAAGCUCCAGAUGGCACUGAAUCACAGUCAGUCAGAACAAAUGAAAACAAAUACCAAGGAAAAGAUGACCAGGCAUGUAGCCUAGUUGCUGGUGAAAAGGAACUGAUCCCACCAGAGCCAGAGGAGGCACCUGCCUCUGAAACAGAUAUCAUCACCCUGGAGGUAUCAUUUGCAGAGCAAGCCGUCAAUCAGAAAGAGAGCUCCAAGGAUCGGACACAGAAGAACAAAGGCUAUGAUACCCUGUUACCUAAUUUCAGAUUGCCAAAAGAGAAAACAGGCACCACCAAGAUUGGUGACUUAGCGCCCGAAGAUAUGAAGAAAGUUUGCGCUUUUGCCCUAAUUGAACUGACUGCCUUCUGUGAUACAUUGGGUGUUGAGCUGAAAAAACAAAAAGCUGUGAAAAUCAAAACAAAAGAUUCUGGCCUUUUUUGUGUUCCAUUGACAGUAUUAUUAGAACAAGAUCAGAGGAAAGUACCAGGAACUCGAAUACCCUUGAUAUUUCAAAAAUUGAUUUCCCGAAUUGAAGAGGGAGGUUUGGAAACUGAAGGCCUCUUAAGAAUACCUGGAGCUGCCUUUCGAAUCAAGAGUCUUUGCCAAGAGUUGGAAGCAAAGUUUUAUGAAGGGACUUUUAAUUGGGAAAGUGUCAAGCAGCACGAUGCAGCCAGCCUUUUGAAGCUGCUCAUCCGGGAGCUGCCGCAGCCGCUGCUCAGUGUAGAGUAUCUCACAGCCUUUCAGGCCGUCCACAAUCUUCCAACCAAGGAGCAACAACUACAGGCUUUGAACCUUCUAGUCAUCCUCCUGCCUGACGCAAACCGAGACACACUGAAGGCCCUGCUUGAAUUUCUCCAAAGAGUAAUAGACAAUAAAGAGAAAAAUAAGAUGACGCUCAUGAAUGUAGCGAUGGUCAUGGCCCCGAAUCUCUUCAUGUGUCACACAUUGGGUUUGAAAUUCAGUGAACAGCAAGAAUUUGUUACAAUGGCAGCUGGGACAGCUAAUAUCAUGAACUUAUUGAUUAAGUAUCAGGAUACUCUGUGGACAAUUCCCAAGUUUCUUGUCAAUCAAGUGAGGAGACUAAAUACCGCGUAUCUUAAAAAAGAUAAAAGAGUGAAGAAGAAAUUGCUGAAGAAAAUGGCUCACGACCGAGAAAAAUAUGAAAAGCAAGAUAAGAGUACAAAUGAUGCUGACGUUCCUCAGGGAGUGAUUCGAGUGCAAGCUCCCCAUCUUUCGAAAGUUUCCAUGGCAAUACAGCUUACUGAAAAACUAAAAGCCAGUGAUGUACUUGCCAGGUUUCUCAGCCAAGAAAGUGGGAUUGCCCAGACUCUCAAGAAAGGGGAAGUUUUUUUAUAUGAAGUUGGAGGAAAUAUCGGGGAACGGUGCCUCGAUGACGACACUUACAUGAAGGACUUACAUCAGCUCAACCCCAAUGCUGAGUGGGUCAUAAAGUCCAAGCCAUCGUAGAAGACUUAAAGAAGACUUAUGCUACAGAUAACCGCAGGACUUCCUCAUGAAUACUUGCUGGGUCAAGAGUAUAAAUAAAAGAAACAGCAAAACUCUUUUAUUAUUCAAAUGUACCCAACCAACUAUUGAAUAGUGAGUGACUCUCAAGCCUUAAAAAGUUAUAGAUUUGUGCUGCUGCCAGAAUUAUGUUAAUUAUUAAUAUUAUUAUUAGAAAACAAAUAUCUCUGGAGUAAGAAGGGGCUAAUUAGCUUGUAGGUUAUUUUCGAUACUCUGUGAAAUGUGCCCAGAUGUGACAUAGUUUUUUUACAUGAAAUAUACCCUUGUCCCUCUCACUUUUUUCUCUGAAAAUCGUACAUACUGGAAUAUAUGCUUUCUCACCUUUCUUGCCUCCUCACAUCUGCCCUCCCCAGUUAGGUUUGCUUUUUAAUAAAAAAGAUAACAAAUUGCACGUAUGGCAAGUUGUGAAGAGAGUACAUCUUAAAACAGCCUGAAUUCAGCAGUAUUCCUGUGACUAUCAAAUGUUGAAUAUUCAUUUCUGAACAAAUGAUUCAAAAACAAUAACAUCCUACUUCUCCCUGCUGUAUCGCAUGAAGUGAUUUGCAUUUUUUCAGUUCAUCUGACAUAUGUGCACAGAACUGCAUCCACUAUCAAGCAAAGAGAACUGUCAGAAUCUGCCAAUUAUUACUGAACCAUUAAAGACUUACUAAGAAUAAAUAAAAUAUAUCCAUGUGGAAUAACUGGAUUACGGAUACUAAGAGAGUAAAAGCCAAAUCACUCCAUGUAUGCUGUACUCUUCUAAAUGAAAUUUAAAAAGUAGUAGCUGGCUUUACCCAUUGUCAUACUAGCAAUAUAAAUAUGCAUGAGAGUAUAAUCCAGUAAUGGUUGAGAAUGUAUUCUACCGAAAGAGGGAUUUUUUUUUUCCCUUUCACUCAUAAAUAAGUCUGCAGGAAGAGUUAUUCUUCUGGGUAUGACACAGUCAUAUGAACAAGCCUUUGUUUGUUUACUUAUUUUAAAUAAUCAGAGUAAAUUUAUUAAAAUGCUGCAGAAAGUACUAUUCCCAGGGAUUUUAAUGCACAAACCAUAUUGUGACAAGAGAUAAGCCUCUGUACUGUAAAUAAGAAGAAUGAAGUGAGAGAAAAAUGUUUAUUAUUUUAUGAGUUUAGAGUGUAGUAAAUAAAAGGUGAUGUAAAUGAAUGUUGCACAAACUGUGUUUAUGAUACUUUUAGUAGUACUUUAGGAAAUUUUACACAUUCUCAGAAGCUCUUGAUGUCAUUCUAAUUAGGAAAGAAAAUGCUAUUAAUGAGAACAGUGAUAAAUUUUUAGCAUAUAAUUAUAAGAACAGCCUGUGGAUAUGAUCAUUUAA